CCUGACCGUUGGAUUCACCAAUCUGGUCUGAUCGAAGAGUUGAUGAUUCACUCGGCCGGUUUAUGGGCUUCAUGGCCCAUUAAUCUUGGCGGUAAUGGGCAGCGACACGGUUCAACAUCUGUCAUGCCGCCGAUCCACGUGGCGCGCUCGCACAAAUUAGACCUCCCGCCAUGCACCAAAAUAAGAAAAAAAUGAAAGAAAAUUCCCUACCUUUUUUAAUUAUAAAAUAAUAAUAAUUUUCAUUUUCAUUUUUUCCCCGAACAGUGAGUCGGUCUGCGAGUCUUCCUCCACAAGUUUCAGGCUUUAAGCAAAGCAGAUGAGAUUGCAGAAGCCAUUGCACCCUCACCCCUUGAAUCGCGCCUUUCUUCCUUUUCCUUUUUGGGUUUUAUUACUGGUUGAAUCUUGGGUUUAGGCUUUAGUUAUUUCACUGCUGAGACGCAACUGAGAGAGCGAGAGAGUUGAAAGGAUUCAAAUAUCCCUCCCUUUUUUAAUAAAAAAAAAAAUCAAUAAUUUUCAUUUUUUCCCCCGAACAGUGAGUCGGUCUCUGAGUCUUCCUCCGCAAGUUUUAGGCUUUAAGCAAGCAGAUGAGAUUGCAGCCUCACCCCUUGAAUCGCACCUUUCUUCCUUUUCCUUUUUGGGUUUUAUUACUGGAUGAAUCUUGGGUCUAGGCUUUAGUUAUUUAACUGCUGAGACACGCACUGGGAGAGCGCGAGAGUUGAAAGGAUUCAAAUUUCAAUGACGGGGGGAGGUUCAACGCCCGAGACGUUUGCCGGCGUCCGUUUCCUUCUCUUGGGAUUUGACCCCUUUGACGAGCACCAGGUUCGAUCUAAGCUGGUAGAUUGCGGCGGAGUGGAUGUUGCCCACCACUCCCCCAAUUGUACCCACGUCAUUGUCGAUAAAAUUGUUUAUGAUGAUCCCGUAUGUGUUGCUGCUCGAAAUGACGCCAAGACGCUCGUCACCGCUUUAUGGGUCCAUCAUAGUUUUGAUGUUCGACUCCCCGUUGAUCCCGCUUCGAUUAUAUACAGACCUCUUAGUGAUUUGAAUGGUAUUCCGGAUGCCAAGGGACUUAUUGUAUGCUUGACUGGAUAUCAACGACAAGAUAGAGAUGACAUUAUGACAAUGGUUGGGUUAAUGGGUGCUAAGUUUUCUAAGCCCUUGGUGGCAAACAAAGUCACCCAUCUCGUGUGCUACAAAUUUGAGGGGGAGAAGUACGAACUUGCCAAGAAAAACCCAAAGAUGAAGCUGGUCAACCAUCAUUGGUUGGAAGAUUGCUUAAGGGAUUGGCAACUUCUUCCAGAAGAUAAGUACAAGACUAGUGGGUAUGAACUGGAGAUGAUGGAAGCUGAGGCUAGAGAUUCAGAAGAUGAGGCUGAAAACACAUUUGUGAAGCAAGCUGGGGUGAGAAGCAUGUAUAAGAGUCCUCACAAUAUAAAAGCUGGCUCACCAGCAACACCUAGAUUGCCUAUACCAGAAGGAGAGAUGCCUAAUGUUCCCUUGGUUUUUAAUAAUGCCAUUGGCAACUUAUCAGUUCCUCGGAAUGAGAAUAAAUUGGAUCAAGCCUCAAGUGUUUCUAAUUCUUAUGUUUCCAAGGGAUUAAGUUGUCAGGAUGCAUGCCAGUUGAGGGCUGCUGGUGGCGGUGACCUAAAUGAUCAACAUCACGGAACCCCUGAUCCUAAGGUGAGAGAUGAUUUCAUAACUAAUUGUGGUUCUGCUGAAAGGGCUUCUCACUCGGCUGGGAAAUUAAGCUACUCAAGGCAAACCUCAUGGAGGCCAACACUUCCACUACACGUGGGAUAUAAAUCAGGCCGUGGUAGUGUGUCUUCUAAAGUACCCAUUUGCAAAUUAAAUGCCAAUGAUGAUUUGGCCUCUUACACUUUGAACGCAGAUCAAGCAGAUGAAAAUUUUGACUCCAAUUGUGUUGAAGUCCCUUUAAAAGAUACUAAUUUACAAGAAGAGUCAAGUGGUGUAUUUCCUCAGAAUAGGGUGAUGGAUCUCUCUUAUGCUAGCUCCAAAUCACAGAAGACGAAUCCGGGUGCAAAAUCAGGCAGUAUGCAUAGUCCUUCAUCUAGUAUUAGAUCUCCAAAAGUAAAGCCUACAUCUUUGAUUGAUGGUUCAUGUGAGACUACUAGCCAUUAUAUCGUUGCAAAAGAUGACUACUCUCUGGAUAAAACUGGCAAUUUGAAUGCUGCAGGAAAUUCAAGUACUUUGACUUUCUCUGCCGCUGCGAUCUCAAACACGGGGAAAGAUGAAAAUACAAACACGAAAUCAUCUCCAACCACUUUUCGAAGAUUAAGAAAAUCCAGCUUAUCCAGCAAGCCCGGCAUUGCAGAUUCUGCUGAGGAAAAGACUACAACUGCGGUCAGCAAAACGGUGGAACUGCAAAAUCAGCCCCAAAAUGUGGGGGGUUCAUCUCCAAGUAAUGAAAAUUCGGUGAAUAAUAGUUCCAACGACCCUGCUAGUCUGAACUUGCUUAAAGAGAGAAAUAAUGACUUGGUAACAAAACAUCUUAAGCAGAAGGUGAAGUCCAAGAAGACUCUAGGUUCUUGGCCUAAGUUAGUUUCUGCUAACCAAAAGGGGUCUGUGCACUUAUAUAAAGAUGCCUCCUUAAAUGAUACUAAAAAAUCCCCUGAUCCCACGAAGCUUGGUGUGCUCUGUCCAGAUGUUAAUUUUGAGCCCCCAAACGAGGUGGAGGGAAAAGAUGUUAACAAGUCUGCAGAUGUUGCUGAGAAAAACAGUGAAUCUAUGGAUGAUGAAACUGAGGCUCCGAAGGAAGAAAGUGAACAUAAAUUGGAGAAUGUACUUCAUGAAGCUAAGGGUGUGGUGGCCCAGGCAACAAGUAAAUGUGUUACUAUGGAUGAUAGUUCAGGACAGGAGCAGCACCUACAGGAUCACUCUGAUGCCUGUGCUCCUCGCGAUGUAAUGGCCAAGUCAGGUUCUGACAACAUUUAUCUGCUGGUUGAGUCAACUGCAAACGGAAAUGCUGUCAAGGGAAAGAAGAACCAAGGGCAAAAGCGUGCUUUGGGUAAAACCAAGCUGAAAACUGUUCCCCCUGUCACGGAUGUUGUGAAGCCUAACAAAGUUGUCUCUGAGGAAAAUACUCGGAAUGAUAACACUGGGGUGACACAGAAGAAACAAGAAAAAAGACGUGCAGGUUUAGUAGGCAAAUCUAAGUGCAGUGGUGUGCCCCAAAAUAAGUUAGAGAACUCUUCCAAAAUGAAGGAGAACAGGCCAACUGUUGGUGGAGAUCAAACUGUAAGCAAGUCCAAACAGCAGGCAGAAAAAUCAACAGCUAAAUCUGAUAUAACUCCGUUGAAGAUAAUUCAAACAUCUGUGGAGAGAAGUAACAAUCCUUCAACACCCGAAGGGAAGGCUCCAAGCAAAGUUAAAAUUGAACCUGUAAGGUUUAUUCUGAGUGGGCACCGAUUUCAAAGAAAGGAGUUUCAGAAAGUUGUCAAGCGUUUGAAAGGACAAUGUUGCUGGGAUUCUCAUCACUGGUCUUACCAGGCAACGCACUUCAUCUCUCCAGAUCGAGUUGGCAGGACAGAAAAGUUUUUUGCAGCUGUAGCGUCUGGAAGGUGGAUUCUUAAGAGUGAUUAUCUGGAAGCUAGUGAUAAGGAAGGAAGGUUUUUGGAAGAAGAACCUUAUGAAUGGUACAAGAAUGGCCUUAGUGAAGAUGGUAACAUCAAUUUGGAGGCCCCAAGGAAGUGGCGGCUCUUGAGAGAGAGAACAGGCCAUGGUGCGUUCCACGGAAUGCGCAUUCUCAUAUAUGGUGAAUGUAUUGCACCACCUUUGGAUACUCUGAAGCGUGUCAUGAAGGCUGGUGAUGGAACAAUUUUGGCAACUUCUCCUCCUUACACCCGCUUCCUUAAGUCAGGGGUUGACUAUGCCAUUGUCAGUCCAGGCAUGCCCCAUGCCGAUAUGUGGGUACAAGAGUUGUUGAAGCAUGAGAUACCCUCCGUUGUGGCCGAUUACUUGGUUGAGUACGUGUGCAAACCUGGGCACCGGCUUGACAGACACCUGCUAUACAACUCCAAUGCGUGGGCAGAGAAGUCAUUUGAGAGAGUGCAGAGCAGGGCGAAGGACAUGGUGGAGGAAGCGUUUACAGGUGAGGAUGGUGAUGAUUCUAGUUGCGGUGGUGGUAGUGAUAUAGCUUGCGUGGUGUGUGGGUGUGGGGAGAGAGGAGAGGUGAUGUUGAUAUGCGGCAACGAAAGUGGGAGCGUGGGGUGUGGCAUUGGUACUCAUAUCGAGUGCUGCAGUCCACCGCUCGAAAGUAUUCCGGAGGAUGACUGGUUUUGUCCAAACUGUAGUUGGAGCAAAAACAGCACCAAGUCUUCCAAGAAAAGGAAGAAGGGUUUGUUGGUUGGUUGACAGUUAAUGGCUUGUAGAGCAGAGUAAAACUACUGUCUUGUAAAUCUGUAAUCGUACGAUGAUAUUGAUUUUGAUUAAUAAAUGCACACAAGAGAAGAGGAGAAGUGAAGUUGUUUUCUGAGUUGUGACUGGGCCAUGUUAAUAUAUGAUCACAACCAGAAAUUUGUUUACUUCUUCUAGUUCUAUCACCA